GGAAGCAAAUUUAAGAAUGCUGAAUUGAUAUUACCAUGUGAAUGGAAAGAAUGCUGCUUUGUAGGGAAAUGCAUAGAGGAAUUUUGUAGUCAUAUUGCGGAACACUUGGAAGAGUACCUACAGCACCCCCUGGAAACAGAAGGUCAUUGAUGUCUCAUCUGUCACACAGAUUACACUGCAGUUACCACACCAAACUGAAAUUCGUAGGCUCUCAGCUACAGGCAUUGCACCACGAUUUGCCAGCAUGUUUGCAGAACAGCCAUAGCUGGCAUCAGUUACCAAAGACUUCAAAGGAGUUUGUUUGCCAUUGGGAGAACUGUGAUGUUACCUUCAAUAAGCCAAUGUGGUUUUAUCAACAUAUUGCUAUUCAUGCCUGUGCUGCUGAGGAAGAAAUUGUUACAGCUCAGAAGAAAGCUAUUUAUUGUCACUGGCAAGAUUGUUUGGGAGUCUUUAAAGGAAAGCAUAAGCUAUGGGACCAUUUAAGAACUCACACACAAGGAGGAGUUGUAGUGUGUCCUACUUGUGGAGGAAUGUUCUCCAAUGACACUAAGUCUUUUGAUGAUGCAAAGAGACAAGUUUCAGAAGAUAUUAAUCGUGUUACAUGUACCCUUUGUGAUAUGGUGUGGGCAAGUGCCUCCUCACUGAAAGCGCACAUUAGGUUUCGACACUGUGAUGAACGUCCUUCCCCUUGUCACCUCUGUGACAGAAGUUUUAAGAACACGUAUGAUCUGCAUAAACAUGUUGAAACACACAAUGAUUCAGAUGCCUACAGCUGUGAUGUUGAAGGAUGUGGUUUUACUUCACGGACUUUAUGAACUUUGAGACAGCAUUAUAAGAGAGCACAUGUGAGUAAUGGCAUUCUGAAAUACAAAUGCCACACCUGUCAGAAGUGUUUCUCCUGGAGUUAUGUAAAUUACCCUACAUCUUUAAAAAGCUCA